GAUCCACGCACAUUUAACGAAUAUAUAAAAAUUGAACCCCAGAAACCGAAGGGUAUUGAUUUCCGUCUUCAUUCCCCAAAUCUGUCUGAAACCGACGGGGAAGCCGAUCGAUCCAGUAUUCGUAUUUCAAUUUCAAUGGAGGAUGAACAAAACAAGGAGCAUAAACAGACUAUCUGGAUGCUCGACCCGCCCACAGACAGGCCGGUUCGUGUCUAUGCUGAUGGCAUAUACGAUCUUUUCCAUUUCGGUCAUGCUCGUUCCCUCGAACAAGCCAAGAAAUCGUUUCCAAAUACUUAUCUUUUGGUUGGGUGCUGCAAUGAUGAGGUCACCCACAGUCUAAAGGGGAAAACAGUCAUGACUGACACGGAGCGCUAUGAAUCCCUUCGUCAUUGCAAGUGGGUUGAUGAAGUUAUCCCAGAUGCCCCUUGGGUUCUUAACCAGGAAUUUAUGGAUAAGCAUCAGAUUGACUUUGUGGCUCAUGAUUCUCUACCUUAUGCUGAUGCAAGUGGGGCAGGAAAAGAUGUCUACGAGUUUGUCAAAGCCAUCGGACGAUUUAAGGAGACAAGAAGGACAGAAGGUAUUUCCACAUCCGAUAUAAUCAUGAGAAUCGUUAAAGAUUACAAUGAUUAUGUGAUGCGCAAUUUGGAUAGAGGCUACUCAAGGAAGGACCUUGGAGUCAGCUAUGUGAAGGAAAAGAGGUUGAGAGUGAACAUGAGUUUAAGGAAACUGCAUGAAAAAGUGAAAAAGCAACAAGAAAAGGUGGAAGAGAAGAUCCAUAUAGUGGCGAAAACUGCAGGUAUGAAUCAUAACCUGUGGGUUGAGAAUGCUGAUCGUUUGGUUGCUGGUUUUCUUGAAAUGUUUGAAGAAGGGUGCCAUAAAAUGGGAACGGCAAUCAGAGAUCGGAUUCAAGAACAAUUAAAGACCAAGGGAAACGUGGGCGUACUCCCAUAUGACAAGGACGACGACGAUGAUGAUGAGGAGGAUGAUGAAGGUGAGUAUUAUUAUGACUAUAGCACCGAGGAAGAAGUGUACUCGGAUGGAGGAGGUGAAGUUGAAGCAGCAUCACAAUGAGUGAAGUUUGUUGUUUUAGUUGUUGAAGAGAAUGUAGGGUGGAUUACAUACAAGAGUAUAUGUAAAGCUAAUGAGUUGAUGUAGGUGGGAUGAAAUUUGAUGUGCAUUUGGUUUGGAGUGUAAUAUUAAAUCAUAAACUGUUGGCUUGUUUAGCUGCAUAUGGCACAUACUUAUAUCA